GUGAAGAAAAUACUUAAACUCUUGCAUAAAAUAACAAAAAUCAAACAAUAAUUGAUUCCCAACUAAACCGCGCAAAGUGAUCUUUAAUUAAAGUCAAAUUUUGAUUCGGAAAUUAUUCAAAAUUACCGAAAAACGUAACUAUUUUUUGUGUGGACCGUGCUGCCCAAAAGGCGUUGCCAAAUCGAAAAGCUCGAAUGGAUAAAACAACAAAACCCAACUAAAACCUCUAGAUUAUCCCAUGCAGGCACAACCCUCGAAAUAACACUUCAGAAAAGUUCCCAAAAUUAUAGGGAAAUCUAAAUUAAUCAUACGCACCGAUUAAAAGCACAAAAAACGUGAAAAAUUAAAAAUAAAAUAAAAAGGAGAAAAAGGAAGCGAACCAUAAAAAGCAAACAAUAAGCUAAAACUCUCUAGAGAAGGAGCAGCAGAAGCAGAAGCAUCAUCGGUAGCAAGAACACAUUCUGCUGCAUAAAUAAUACACGCCACACGCAGAGAGACGGGACGGGAAGAGACGAGACGAGACGCACGGAAGGACCCACACGCGUCAUAUAGGAGGAACAUACCACGCAAAGGAGCCCGAGAAUCGGACUCUGGGAGCAAACACACGCAUGCAGGAGGCGCAGGGGGAGGUGCUGGAUGUGGUGCUCCUGUUCUAUUAUUUAACUGCUUUCAACGUUAGCGCGUUCAACCUGACGAAAGUCGAUUGAAAGCCGCCUUCAACGGCAUUCAGUUACCCAGCAGCAUCCCUUGCUCUCUCCCGUUCAAUCAACACAGAGAGAAAAAUUGAGAGAGAGAGAGAGAGAGAGAGCAGUCCGAGUCUGUGCGAGAGAGUGUGACGGCAGGAACGACGUCAACGUCAAUCCGCUCAAUAUUUAUACAUUGAACCGAGUCUCUUGGCCACAGAAUCCAGUACCAGAGCCAGGACCCAAAAACGCAAACUCUCCCUGGUUCCCUGCUGGGCCUCAAAAUAAAUAACAUCUGACAUCUGCCCGACUCCCCGAGUCUCACCGCACCCCUCGUCUAACCCUGCAUCGAGAAAGCACUUAACCAUAAAGAAAACCCCCCAAACGAAACUUAACGAAAAGCGAAACAAUUUCCAUAUAAAAAACAUAAAAGCAACCAAACGUGAACUAAAAAAAAAAAGAAGAAAACUAAAACAAAGCAAUGGGCGCCAAGGAAAGUGUCGAGGCAGCCGCCAAACUGAAUGCCGAUGGCUGGGGCCAUGUGGAGCGAGGAAGUCGCUACCACGGCCAUCGGCAUAAUCAGCGAUCGCAGUCGCUAAAUCGCGGACAGGCGCUCUCGCAGGCGGACGUGAGCGGCAUGUGGUGA